UUCCUUGCAAGAAACCACAAUGGAACGGUUCAGGAUGUCGAGGCGCACCCAGAUCGACGAGCCUAGUCCUCAACCUCCCAAAUGCGACGACGUUCCGGUAGAUGAUUCCUCUCCAGUUCAGCAAGAUGAACGGGACGAUCAAGAGAAGGUCUGUAAGCGGGACUACAUCGACCUCCCUUCUAACCCCUAUUUGAUGAAGAUUUUGAACAAGCAAGGGGACCAGGUUGUUCUGUUUGCAGAUAAAGUUUUGAAGUUCACUGGGACAGGGAAAAUGAAAUUCCGCAUUCUCUUAAUUACGGAUUUUGCAAUUUACAUUGUUGACCCAGACACUGAUUCCCUUAAACGGAGGGUUGCCCUUGCAGCUGUUGAGAAGAUUUGUGUUAGUGAACUAAGUGAUAACUUUCUUGCUGUAAUAAUCCCAACCGAAUAUGAUUUACUUAUAGCUAGUGCUCGAAAGACCGAAAUUGUCACUGCCUUUGGUGAAGCUACCAGGAGAGCAUCUGAUUAUGAGCUUGAUGUUGUUUCUUCCAAUAGGUUUGAGUAUAAUGCAACAUCCGACUUGGUUAAAGAAGUUGAAUUUGAGGAAGUUGAAGGGGGUGUCAAAACAAGAAUUUUGAGGAAGUGAAUUUGAUUUGUAUCUUCAUGAUGAUGUCUAUAAACUUGGCAGGAAGAUACAUAAAGGAAAUGAUUUUUUGAGUAAUUGCUUGGGAAACUUUCUCCUCGUAUAGCUUCUCCUUUCCAAAGGUUAAUUACGCUAUUAUUCUUAUAUCAGAAAUUUUAAAAGAAAAGAAUUAUAUAUGUGAUGUAACAUGUAAGUUUUCAACUUGAAACCAGAUUCAGCUGGAUGUAUGAAAUAGAACUAUAUCAAAUUUUUAGAUUUAAUAUCAUUCAUUGUGAAAGUUCUUGACUUCCACUAGGCCCCUUUGCAUCAAACCCAUUCCCUAUUUCCCUUUCAGGUAGACCUUGUUUUUUUAGCAGUGUGCUAGUAUAGUACCACCGAAUAUGUUGAUGUUAAAUAUACUUCAGCUAGGGUUACCAGCCCUUUAUA